UCCCAGCUGCUCAGCCAUGGCCCCCAAGAAAGCCAAGAAGAGGACAGCAGAGGGAGCCAACUCCAACGUGUUCUCCAUGUUUGAGCAGGCUCAGAUCCAAGAAUUUAAAGAGGCCUUCACUAUCAUGGACCAGAACAGAGACGGCUUCAUCGACAAGAAUGAUCUGAGGGACACUUUUGCUGCUCUCGGACGUGUCAAAGUGAAACAGGAAGAGAUUGACGAGAUGCUCAAAGAGGCUCCCGGCCCAAUCAACUUCACCGUCUUCCUCACCAUGUUCGGUGAGAAGCUGAAAGGUGCUGAUCCAGAGGAGACCAUCCUCAACGCGUUUAAAGUCUUCGACCCGGAGGGGAAAGGCUCGCUGAGGAAGGACUAUGUGACACAGAUGCUUACAACACAAGCGGACAGAUUCACCCCUGAAGAGAUGGAGCAGAUGUUCGCUGCAUUCCCCCCAGAUGUGGCAGGGAACCUGGACUACAAGAACCUGGUUCACAUCAUUACCCACGGAGAGGAAAAGGACCAGGAGUAAACCUGUUUGUCAACAUGUUCAUCAAAUAGAAAGUCCGUCUUCUGCCCGUACAUGACUUGAAACUGGCCCACUGCCCUUAAAGGAGAUACGGACUAUGGGUUGUUCAUGCGUUGUCUCAUUCAUUACUCACUCAGGAGCGCAAGAGGGUCAAGACAAAAUGUUCUCCUCCAGGCCCAAAGAAACAGACAAUUGACAGCAUCAACAUAGUGAGCUCCCUUUCUGCUUUACCUACAGUAUGUUCCCACAUUCACCUCACACAAAUUAAAUUAUUUUUCUUUAUCAUUUUGUACACCACACCACACCACACCACACCACA